CCCAUGUUUUCCAGAGUUGAUUUCAGAUUUUGAUAUUUUGAUUGAGAUUUCAGAUUUGAGUUGAAAAUUGAAAUUUGAGAUUAGUGUCUUCACUCCUUCAGUUAACAAAAUUUUCAACGUAAACUAGUGUUAAAGACUGCGAUUAGAGUAUUGUAAAUAAGUUCAAUUUCCGAAUUCUUUGCUCUGAUUUUCAUUGUGAUCGUGUGCACCUUGUACUCAUGCACCCAUCUCUAUAUGAGAGAAGGAAAGGAACGUUUUAAUGGUUCUUAGGCUCUAUUCUACCUGUGAGUUUUGUGAAUUGAAUAUCACACGAUGACCACGUCCUCGGAGGAAAUUUUGCUGCAAGUUAGUAAUGUGAAACAUAAGAAAGGCGAAGGGACAUUGUAUGUCAUGAGUGAACGAAUUGCUUUCAUCUUGCAAGGAAGCGAAACAGUUUCAGUGAGCCAUCCUUAUACUGAUAUUAAAGUACAGAAAAUUUCUUCGGAAUUCAAGACUAAAGUUCAGUUGCAGCUCGUGUUUCAUGAUAACAGUGCUUCUACUUUUCAAUUCAUCAAACCAGAUAGAUCAGAAGCUAUGCGUGAUAGAGAUAAAGUAAAGGAUGAACUCUCUAAAUUACUACCAAAAUUUCAGAAAAAAAUGAACAAAGAAUUGGAAGAGAAAAAUAGAAUUUUAUCAGAAAAUCCUGCUCUUUUACAACUCUAUCGUGAUUUGGUUAUCACUCAGGUGAUCAGUGCCGAUGAAUUUUGGUCACAGCAUGCUCCAAAAUAUGCUCCUCGCAAUACAAAUAAUAGCCAGCAUACAGGCGUUCCUGGAAAUUUUUUAGUCAACAUAAAACCUCAAGUGGAUGGUUGUAAUUCGGUGAAGUACAAUUUAAAUUACGAAACCAUAAACUGUAUUUUCAAAACAUAUCCAGCUGUUAGAAAAAAACAUUUGGAAUAUGUACCAAAUAAGAUGAGUGAAUCGGAGUUUUGGAAAAAAUUUUUCGAGUCACAUUAUUUCCAUAAAGAUCGUAUUAACAUGGGUUCGAAUGAUAUAUUUUCAGAAUGUGCUAAAUUUGACGAACAAGAAUUGAAAAAGGAAUUGAAAACGUUAGAUAACGAUAGUUUGGUGAAUUUAAAUUCAAUGGAAGAUGUUGAUAUGGAUGAAGGUUACGGCUUAUCGAAUGAUGAUUUCAUCAAAACCUCGAACUUGAUUCACGAAAGUAUUAUUAAACGUUUUAAUCAACAUUCCAUUAAUGUCUUGAAAGCUAGUAAAUUAUAUUCAAGUAGCUCGCUCAAUGAUAAAACGACAAGCAGUAUUUCGAAUUCCAAUAACGAAACCAAAAAUGGCACACCCAAGAAACACGAUGUACCAAAUGGAAAUAGUGAUAAUUCUACGAGUGCGAAAAAAAUGCGAGUAUUGGAUAAAAUUAAUUACGAAGAUCUUAAUCCUUCUUGUUCUAAUAGUUCAGAUCAAGAACAAAACAAUUUGAAAUUAACCAAAGUCGAGCAGUUCGCCAAUAAUUUAACGAAAUGUUCAGACACAAGUAAUAAAACGUUUAAAAUGAAAGCAGCGAACACUAUUAGGGAGCAGGUUGCUAAUGACGUUUUGAAAUGGUCCAAGCAAACAUUUAUUUCACCUAUGAAUCCUUCAGUUGCUGUUCAAGCUCUCGGUGAACUUACCCCUGGAGGAAGCUUGAUGAAAGGGUUGUUGGAUGAUUCUCAGUCUGGCCAGUUGUUACCAUCAGACGUUUCCAAGGAACUGCAGAAUUUGUACAUGGCGUUAGGAGAAUUACUUCGACAUUUCUGGGCCUGUUUCCCGCCAACGACGCCAACUCUUGAAGAGAAAUUAAUUAGGACUCAUGAAGCACUGAGAAGAUUUCACUCCGUAAAAUUGAAGCCGUUCGAAGACAGCGUUUUACGCGAGCAUAGCCACCUUAACCAAAUAUCUAGUCACUUGACGCUUAUGCUGACCUCCGCGUACACAAAAUUUUCCUCAUGGCAUUGUCGCCGAAAACCUCAUCCAUCUUAGCAAAUUGCUGUGAUAAGGUAUCUUCCAAAUGGUGAUGUAAUAACUUAUUUAUGAUAUCGAAUACCCGUUGGGUUAACAAAUUCUAAGCAGAUACCAUACUUAACUUAACUAUCUAUGAUUCGUCGUAAAAGUGAAAUUUUUCAUUUUUUAAGUAUAUUUUGGUAAGUACAUAUAUUCUUACAAGUACGUGCAUGGAUACAUAUUUUUCCUCAUUGUUCAUUAUAAGACAAAAUGUGAGUUUCUGUUGAAGUGUUGAUUUCAUUUAUUCAAUUUUUUAUUACAUUCUUUUUUCAAUUUUCAUGAAAGCUUUUGUAAAAACAGAGAAGUUUUAAUGUUGCGAAUAGUAGAUUUAUGCAUUUUAUGUUUAAUUUUUAAAAAAUUUGUUGUAUUUUCGUUUUCAUUUCGUAAUUAUACGCGUGUAUUCGAGUUGACAA